GUGAAAGCGCAGGGCAACAACUUUAGUUUUUAACUUAGUUGAAAAGGUACUGUGAUUGAAUGAAUAAACCAACACCAUGUCUUUGGAGAGUGGAGAUACAGCUGCAUCCUGGCAAUGGAUCUGUGGUGUCAACUCAUCCGACAUCUCCCUGUUUCAUGACUUUCAAUGGGACAAGGAACACGUGUUAAACAAUACAUGUUUGAUUGAUGUUGUGAACGCUAGUCCCCACAGCUUAUCUCUUCUAGUCUUCUUUGUCAUACUGCUUGGAGUAGUCUGCUUCAACUACAAACGAGUCACCCCAAAGUUCGUCCUGCGUUUUCCUAAUCAUUCAGUACAAUGGAUUCUGAUGCUUUUGGUUAUAGUGGUACAGUUAGGAGCGCUAUCGGAAGGUAUCCUGACUGAUGUUACGUACAGGUAUAGUCAGUAUGUGUCGGUCUCUACCCAACCUCAUCUGUACGUACCAGGAGCAAGCGGCUUCUUAGCAGGUAUCUUGGUCCUGGUGUUCAGUCACACAAUGGAGUUAUGGCGAAUGGCCAACAUGAUUUGGCUGCUGUUGAUGUAUUGGAUGCUUGCAGUAGCUGGCCAGGUUGCUCAGAUACUUGGCUUGGUGUAUAAGGAUAAAGCGGACGUCAACAUCAUGAGAUUUGAUUUCUGUGUGAUUCUUCUUGGCCUCUAUGCUCUGCUGGUUAUAAAUACCUUGAAUAUCAUCCGCAUAAGGGUGUGCUAUUGUUGCCUGGAAGGACAUAGUAACAAGGCCAUCAUGAAAGAUCUUCGUCGUGACAAAAUGUAUUACAUGGAAAGAUACUCAAACUUCUUAUCUGAUAAGACCUACUGGUGGGUGAAUUGGAUUUUAAGACUCGGUUACAAGCGACCGUUGGUUCUUGAGGAUCUUGGAUCAUUGCCUGAGGAACACUCAGCCGCACAAAUCCAUCGCAAGUUUGCAAAGGCCUUCAAUCUACAUAAGGAUAAGGAUCACCAGCCAUCUUUAUUUAAAGUCUACAUGAAAGUCCAUGGAGCAGUUGUGGCAUUUGCCCUGGUGCUGAAACUCAUUGCUGACCUGUUGAUGUUUGUGGGACCUGUAGCAUUGACUGGUAUCAUCCAAUAUGCAAAGAUUAUUUCUGAAAAAUCGCCACCAGAGGUUUCAGAGGAGCCUCAUUUCAUCAGCUUGUCGGAGUACUUUGCAAAUGGCUACAUUCUGGUAGUGGUUGUCUUCCUUGCAGCGAUUGUGAGACUUCUCCUUCUUCAUUUGUUUGAUUUCCGGAUGCAACUUGAAGGUUUUCACCUCCGUUCAUCAUUACAGACUAUGAUAUAUGAGAAAUCAGUACGUAUUGCAGUAACGACCAUCUCAUCUGGUGAUAUGACAAUGGGGGAGAUCAACAAUCAUAUCUCAACAGAUGCACAGAAUUUGGGAAUGUUCCUUAACUUUGGACUCAAUGCAGUAACGUUACCUAUAAUGCUUGUCGUAGCUGUGGUGCUUUUAUAUGUCAACAUUGGUGUUUCGAGUCUCAUUGGCUUAUCACUCUUCAUUUUAGUUCUUCCACUACAAAGUGUCAUGGCUGCAUUUGUAGCAAAGAUAGAAAAAACAGUCUUGGAGUUUGCCGACAGUCGAUUGAAAUACACUAAUGAGAUGUUACAGAGUAUGAAGCUACUCAAGCUGUCUGGAUGGGAGGAUAUCUUUACUGAUGCUAUUGAGAGCAUUCGGCAUAAGGAGAUUAAUGGCUACUUUAAGAUACUCAUCUCAUACGGCCUUAUCUCUGGAAGCUCAAUGGCAACACCACUUCUUGUCACUCUCUUGUCGUUUGCCGUGUACCAACCCAUAACCGGAGAGACUCUAACCCCUGCUAAGGCCUUCUCUACCUUGACUCUCUUCGCUCUCCUUGGUGAACCUAUGAUGAUGAUCCCACAGUCCCUCUAUAUGUGUACUAGUUGCUUCAUUAGUACAAAACGGCUACAGAAGUUCUUCGCUGCUACUGAAGUUAAAAAUGAGGAUAGUAACUCCAGUAGUUUAUUGGACUCUGCCGAUGAUGGAACAAUUGGUGAUCAGGUGGUGGGUCCGGCACAUCUGCAGGAACAUGAAAUUGAGACUGAUGGUGACGUUCCCUUGCUGUCUUCAAUAGUUCUAGAUCCUGAAUCAUAUACAACCACAAGGACACCACUCCCUGAUCACUUAGCAAUAAAGAUAACAUCUGGUAACUUUGCCUGGGGGAAGGAAUCUGAGAGUCUAACUCUCCGAGAUAUCAACUUGGAUGUCCCCAAAGGUAAACUGACUAUGGUGAUUGGAGCUGUUGGGAGUGGCAAGUCCUCAUUACUGUCUGCCAUACUGGGUGAAAUGACCACAGAGUCUGGGAGUGUUCAGCUCAACAGCACCAGCAAUUCUAUCGCCUAUGCCAACCAGAAACCGUGGCUUCUGAAUGAUUCAAUGAAGGAUAAUGUUCUGUUUGGACUUCCCUUUCAGAGCAACAGAUACAAGGAGGUGAUUCUAUCUUGUGCGUUGCAGCCAGACAUUGACAUCUUACCGGCUGGUGAUCAGACUGAGAUUGGAGAGAAAGGAAUUAAUCUUAGUGGAGGACAGAAACAACGAGUCAGUGUAGCUAGGGCUAUGUAUGCUAGAAAGGACAUCGUCCUUCUUGAUGAUCCACUAUCAGCCUUGGACGGCCAUGUUGGUGCUCAAAUGUUCAAUGAUGGUAUUCUAGGACUACUCCUCAAGAAAGGACAGACUGUUGUAUUAGUAACGCACCAGCUGCAAUAUCUCUCACACGCUGAUAAGAUUGUGAUCAUGAAGGAUGGUAGAGUUGAGAGAGAGGGUGUGUUGGCCGACAUUGCAGAAGCUGAACCUGAGCUAUACAGUCAGUAUGAGAAGUCUGUGCAUAACAACACUGACGAUGAAGAAGAAUCACAGACGCAAGAAGACCGGCAAGAAUUGAUGAGGCAAAUAUCACGUCAGACAUCUCAACAAAGGAAGCGCCUUAUAUCACAAAACUCGCUAACAUGUUUGGAAGAGUCUGAUGAUAUAAAAGGGAAGUUGAUUGAAGAUGAAGAGAGAGAACAAGGGUCUGUGUCCUACAAAGUCUACUUAUUCUACCUUCGGAGCACCACCCUGCCUCUAAUGUUAGCCGUGUUCGCUGCUUACACACUACGUACUGCAUUCGAGGUGGCUACUAGCUUCUGGCUUUCUAAAUGGGCCUCCGACAAUGUGAAUCCAGAACUUAAUAGUACCAGUAGUAGCUACUACGUAGGAGUGUAUGGUGGAUUGACUGGAGGUGCAACUAUCUUCUCAUUUAUUUCUAGUGUGGUACUAGUAUUUGCAACAAUCGCCAUUGCUAAGAAGAUCUUCCUCAAGAUGCUACGCACCAUUGCUCACAUGCCUAUCAGGUUUUUUGACACUACCCCAGUUGGUCGUAUAAUCAACCGCUUUUCUAGUGAUAUAGAAGUUGUUGACAUGAUGCUGAUGUUUAACAUUGAUUCCUGUAUGAUCGUGUUACUGAUGACGUUGUCUGCUAUUAUCAUCAAUGUUAUUGUGACGCCUAUCUUCAUUGUCAUUAUACUGCCUGUCAUUAUUAUGUUCGUCUUUCUGCAAAAGGUCUUCUUAACUACUUCAAGGGAGCUGCAACGCAUAAACAACAUAACUCGGUCCCCCGUGUAUGCAUUUUUCUCCGAGUCACUUGUGGGGUUGUCAACCAUCAGGGCAUAUCGAUCGCAGAGACGCUUCUUCAAUAAGAUAUUGAAGUAUGUUUCCGAUAACAAUGUUGCCUAUGUGUAUCUGACUGCCUGUAAUAGUUGGCUGGGUGUUCGAUUGGAUUUUAUAGCUGCAUUGGUUGUCUUACUAUCUGGAAUGAGUACAUUGGUAGCAGCCUCGUUGACUGGACUUGAUGCUAGCCUUGUAGGUCUUGCUAUUAGUUAUGCAUUGCAGAUCUCUGGUUAUUUGAACUACUUGAUGCGAAUAUUGGCAGAGAUGGAAAUGCAAAUGAACUCAGUGGAAAGAAUUAAGCAUUAUACUUCACUCACACCCGAGUCUCAGGAAGGUAUGGAACCCCCCCUAGACUGGCCUAAAAGAGGAGAGAUCGAUCUGAUUGCAGUUAGUGCUCGCUAUGCUGAAGAUCUAGACCCGGUUCUAAAGGAUGUUAACUUACAUAUCGCUGCUGGACAAAAGGUUGGUAUUUGUGGACGUACUGGCAGUGGCAAGUCAUCUUUAACUCUGACUCUAUUGAGAAUGAUUGAUAUGUUUGAAGGUGAAUUGAGGAUAGAUGGAAUAGAUAUCCAAUGUGUAUGUUUGACUACAUUAAGAAAACGCCUGUCUAUCAUACCUCAAGAUCCUGUUCUCUUUAAUGGCAGUAUCAGAAUGAAUUUAGAUCCAUCAGAGAGCUUGAGUGAUGCUGAGUUAUGGACUGCUCUAGAAAUAGCUCAACUCAAGAAUGUAGUGACUGAUCUCCAAGAUGCACUAGAUUUCAAGGUGUCUGAAGGCGGUGAUAAUUUCAGCAUGGGUCAGCGUCAGCUCUUCUGUCUAGCUCGUGCCUUCCUCCGUAAAUCACGGAUAUUGAUCAUGGAUGAAGCUACAGCUUCUAUUGAUACAGACACGGACAAAAUGUUACAAGAAGUUGUUGCUACUGCAUUUGCUGACAGAACAGUUCUCACAAUUGCUCACCGAAUAUCCACCAUUUUGGAGUCGGACAUCAUUCUGGUUUUGGAGCAAGGGAGAAUUAUUGAGCACGAUACUCCAGCUAAUCUUCUAGCCGAUGAAAACAGUGCAUUUACUGCACUGGUUAACACCACUCAUUGAAGUAACUACCGGUACACUCGAAUGCUGUGUUCCCAUUGGACUUUUUAUUCCGCUGCUACGGGGAAAGUUAUCGUUGGUGUAAUUCUGCAUUCCCACAUAAACUCGUUCUUCGCAACAAUGCAUAGCAUGGUACAGCUGGGUCGCAGUAGGAUAACAGGUUAGAGCUGUUCCCAAUGUACUUUUAGCGGCACUGUUAAGUUACCGUGGCUAGGCGAAAGUGUCCCGCGACCGCGACCUCUUUCGACCCGUUAGUUUUACAUCCAUGACAUCACGGUACCGGUAAGUUGAUAGGGAGGGCGGUUUACCAAGCGUCCCCAUUCGAUUUGAUGUUUUCAUUUUACAGAAAAGUCGCAGUACUUUAACAAAACAAAAACCAUUGGGAAUAAGGCUUAAGGUAUAUUUAGUUGUAACAAAUGGACGAGAAUCCAGAUUUAUGAUUUUUUACAACCAUCUCUGGUAACCAUGAUCUAAAAUCUGUUGUCAUUAAUGUCCAUUCAUAAAUACCCCAGACAGUAUCGCUACUCCUAUUGGUGGAGAGCGCGUCAUGUGGGGGUGUAUAAAACAGUUGAUAAUGACCAGCUGGAGCUGUUUAUAACCAGCUGGCUUCUGCGUGUUGGGCGCGUGUACGCCAAUAUUGUUGCGUGGAACGCGCAAUUCAUAGCUAUUAGUAACAGCGCGUAAACUAUUUCUAAGCAUGCGCGUAAUCUUUUUCUAAGCAAACGCGCAUAAUCUAUUUCUAAGUGCGCGCACGUACACACAACCCACGCGCAUCAGAAAGAUUCUUCACAAAGUUAUUGAA